AUGUCUACCUGCACUAAUAGGGUCAAUCAGGCUGAUUAUGGUGCAGGUUAUCCCCGGAUGACAACUCAGACUCAUAUCAGCUCAUCCGAAUUCAGUCAUGGUUGGUUUAAAGAUAAUGCUCAGUUAACGGACAGGAGGUUUAUCAUAACGGAACGGAUUAUGGACACUAAUGGCUUGCAUAGCUUUACUCUCAAGAUACAGCCGUUCAGGCUUCAAGAUGCUGGCGUAUAUCUUUUUAAAAUAUUUAACAAUGGCGAUGAGUUAAAAGAAGAAGCAUUGUUUGAAGUUGAUGAAGCUAGAAUAGCAGAGUUAUUAGUAAAACAGAAUAGGAGAAGCGAAACUGCGCUCUCAGGAACAGAAUUCAAGGGACGAACUGCUAGUUGUAGAAGUAAUGAUUAUAUGGGUUCUUACCCUGAUUACGGAAGGUCAGAGACCACGCCUGAUACAAGAGCGGCCUCUAAUCAUUCAAUGGCAACCAAGAAAAGUAUGUUUUACUAA